AGGCGCAGAUAAGCGCUGGGGCGGGGCGGGGCGGGGCGUUCGGCCCGGGUGUCUGUGGGAGCCGGCCGACCCCGCAGGUGGCCGCAGCGGGAAGAUGGCGGAGCUGCGCGCGCUCGUGGCUGUCAAGCGAGUGAUCGACUUCGCCGUGAAGAUCCGGGUGAAGCCAGACAAGACGGGUGUGGUCACAGAUGGGGUGAAGCACUCCAUGAACCCCUUCUGUGAGAUCGCUGUGGAGGAGGCCGUGCGGCUCAAGGAGAAGAAGCUGGUGAAGGAGGUCGUCGCCGUCAGCUGUGGGCCCACCCAGUGCCAGGAGACCAUUCGCACCGCGCUGGCCAUGGGUGCAGACCGAGGCAUCCACGUGGAGGUGCCGGCGGCAGAGGCAGACCGCCUGGGUCCCCUGCAAGUGGCCCGGGUCCUGGCCAAGCUGGCGGAGAAGGAGAAGGUGGACCUGGUGCUGCUGGGGAAGCAGGCCAUCGAUGAUGACUGCAACCAGACGGGCCAGAUGACAGCCGGGCUUCUGGACUGGCCACAGGGCACAUUCGCCUCCCAGUUGACGGUGGAAGGGGACAAGCUGAAGGUGGAGCGGGAGAUCGAUGGGGGCCUGGAGACCCUGCGCCUGAAGCUGCCUGCCGUGGUGACCACCGACCUGCGGCUCAACGAGCCCCGCUAUGCUACGCUGCCCAACAUCAUGAAAGCCAAGAAGAAGAAGAUUGAGGUGAUCAAGGCUGGGGACCUGGGCGUGGACCUGACCUCCAAGAUCUCAGUGGUGAGCGUGGAGGACCCUCCUCAGCGCACAGCUGGCGUCAAGGUGGAGACGACGGAGGACCUGGUGGCCAAGCUGAAGGAGAUUGGGCGGAUUUGAGUCCCUUGCCUGAAACUCAGCAAUAAAACUAUGACUCUUCUGA